AAAACAUUUUACAUCACAACUGCUGGAAAAGUAAAAAUAAAUAAGUGCAAUUAUGCCUUUGGAUGUGGAACAGGAGAAGGCUAAGCAGCCGCUUGACGAAGUCGAUUUCAGCAGCGGGUUCGAGACGCAAUACCUGCAGGAAUAUCGGCCUUCGAAGAUUGUGCGACCGGCACCGCCUGACCCGAGCCUUGCUUGGUAUCAUGAUUUUAAAUCGGUGGUGAUGGUUUGCUUUCUUUUCACGGUAUUGGUGACUGGUUCAGUGCUGCUGAUCGGCUCAAUUUUCUCGGCCGAUCCCACAACCGUGGUGGUACUCUUGGUGGCCUAUUUUGCUGUGGCACUUUUAUUUAUUUGGCUGGAAGUAUUCAGUAAACAUGUGCGUUGAAAAAUAAAACUACGGCAGUUAGAGUUUGAACAAGAUGUU